AUGCAAAAGCGGCAAGGACAGGUGAUACUGAGGAAGUAUACCCAAAAGUUGGAUGAUGAUUUGGUUGAACCGGAUCACGCCUUGUGGGACCUUCGUCUCCACUAUCCCCGAACGUUUACCUACUUAAUUGCCAGUUAUCUGUCUUUCAUUGAAUUUCGCUCCGAUGACCUAUUCCUUAUCGCCGCCGAGGUUGGUAAACAGGAGACGAUGCUGAUGUGUAGGCGAAAGGGUGCAUCUGUUGCAUCCUCACUGCUCUGCUCUCCCGGCGCGCCCAUCUCCAGAUCCGUUUUCACUCCGGUCAAAAUGAAUAAUCUCCUAGCUACUUGGAGUUCAAACAAAGUCUCUCGAGAGGAGAUGACGUACUGGUACAGGGUGAUUACCGUGAUGAUCAAUCACUUGGUCGAGGGGAAGAAGUACUGCUGCAAAUUCAUCUUUCGGCGGUCGGGAGUUCAACGCCAAGUCAACAACCUGGAGAAACAACUUUUUAGCCAAAAGUUGCUUCUCAGUUGUGGUGACCAUCCCUCACCAACCAGUGCAGCCCCACCAUCCACCAUCUUGAGGGAUAAUUGGCCCAUUUCUCACCUCCUCACCUCCUACGAUCCGUACACAAUCGCCUCCGUCUUGUGUCGAGUCCUGCGUCGUCAUGGUCCACUCAUUCCCUCGCGGUUGCAUUAUCUCUUUGACCAGCUCUCUGGACCACAGGAUUGUGGAACGGACAUUGGUCUGCCCGCACGUCAGGUUGUACCCGGAUCAACCGGUCAUACCACCUACUGUCGUGCUCUGCGCCUCCUACUUCAGCUCGCGCCAUCUCGACAUUUGAGUCUCAUCUACCGACCUCUUUCGCACCUGCUGGCACUCAUCACAAUGGAGCCCGUUUGCAAGGUGAAUGAGGAAAGUGUGUGCGUACUUUUCGCUCCCAUUUUCCUCAUGCCCCGAGAGCCCUCCUCACCGACAGAAUUGGCAAAUCCA